GCUGAGGCCUAAAGGGAAGCUGGUCGUCAGGGAUAAACUCAACAGUAAGACUCCUCAGUGAUACAAUAAUCAAUUUAUCUUGUUAAAAAGGAAUAAUAUAAUUGAUGGUGGGGUAGAUGGUGAGGAACUGUCAUGAUGGAACUGAGUCAUAGCCUAACACUCAAUGAAGGGGCACUCCAACAGCUGCCACCGACCAAGAGGCCAAUUUUUAUAUUUGAGUGGCUGAGAUUCUUGGACAAAGUACUGGAAGCAGCACAUAAGUCUGAUAUCAAGGGAUGUCAGAAACAGCUGGUAGCUCAGUUAGUUGGGCAGAUGAAUGAAUCUCCUGGACCACCAACCCGGAAACUUGUGGCUCGCUGCCUGGCAACUCUGUUUAGUGUAGGAGACACAUUCCUUCUCUUCGAUACCAUCAACAAAUGCAAUGAUGUGCUCAAGAACAAAGAUGACUCUCCAAGCUACCUACCAACAAGACUGGCUGCUGUUACCUGUAUUGGGGCAAUGUAUGAAAAACUGGGGCGGAUGAUGGGACGUUCAUACGAGGAAACUGUACAGAUCCUAAUAAAGGCUUUACGAAAUGCAGAAUCUCAGCUGAGAAUUGAAAUUAUGAUGACCCUGGAGAAGAUUACAGCUGGUAUGGGGUCAGCUGCAGGAAAUGUUCACAAGGACCUAUACAAGGCAGCUAAGAUGGGGCUGACAGAUCGAGCUUUGCCUGUGAGAUGUGCAUCUGCCCUGUGCCUGAUGGAGAUGACGAAGCAUGCACCUUUUCUCUACACAACCGAAAUUGAAAAUCUCUCCCAGCUGUGUUACCGCUCUUUUGACAACAGCAACUAUGACGUUCGUUGCACAGUGGCCACGCUGCUAGGAACUGUUCUCGCUACCACACAAAAUCCACCAAAAGAAUUUUUGAAAGGCAGUAGUAAGGGAGGAUUGGUAAAGUUAUUUUCUCUUGAGGAAGCAUUGACAGUCUUGUUGACUGGCUUUUUACGUGGAGGAAAUAGCUUUCUUAAAGGAACUGGUGAAAUGAUCAAAGGUUCCUCUUCUGUGUCACGGGAGGUCAGAGUUGGCAUUACACAGGCAUAUGUUGUGCUUGUUCAAGAAUUAGGAGCUCUGUGGUUAGAGCGGAACAUUCCAACCCUCUUGGCUCAUCUGACAGAGCUGGUAGCCAGCCCUAAGGCCACCACAUCACAUGUUGAUGCUGUGUAUUCCCGCAAAUGCGUCAAUUUUAUCCUAAGAGCUACCCUUGGUCGCAUGAUUGGAGAGAAGGCUCAGAUUGCUGCCUGCAAAGAAAUUACACAGCUAAUAAUUAAGCACAUGAACAGUGUGGAUGUGAGUGGGGAAGGCACCAAGGAUGUAGGAGAAGGUGGUCAGCAUGUACUGGUGUGUCUGUUACAAGAGUUAGGUUGCCUCAUGCAGUCCCUCAGCACCACGAGUUCUACAAUCAUCCUCGACACACAUCUGAAUUUGGUGGAUGCAGUAGUUGCUGUGCUGCUUCAUCCAAGUAGUGCAGCAAGACUGAGUGCAUCAUGGUGUUUACGGUGUAUCUGCCUCGCUCUCCCCUCCCAGCUCCAUCCUCUCAUCACCCGUUGCUGUGAUCGCCUGGAUGCUCUCAAGUCAUCGCCAGAAGCCAUUGCUGGAUAUAGCUGUGUGGUGUCAGCACUAGUGGGCUGUGUACAAAAGACUCCUCUUGGAAUCCCACACAUGCGGGGUAAAGUUCUCUUCAAUAUUGCGGAGGAGUUGCUUCGAUCAGCGAGUCAAAAUUCUCGGCUGUCACUCCACCGAACCCAGGCGGGCUGGCUCAUCAUUGGCUCCAUCAUGACACUUGGCAUUGGUGUUGUGCGUGGGCUACUUCCUCGGAUGCUGCUGCUGUGGAAGAAUUCUUUCCCGAGAUCUAGUAAGGAGAUUGAGAGUGAGAAAGCUCGAGGAGAUGCUUUUACUUGGCAGGUAACUCUGGAAGGCAGAGCAGGUGCCCUUGCAUCUAUGCAUAGCUUUUUGCUUCAUUGUUCUGAACUGGCUGCUGAAGACACUGUGCGGAGACUUCUUCUUCCAAUUGAAGCUGCUCUUCUUAUGCUCUCCAGUAUAACACACAUUGUGAAGCAGUAUGGCCAACACCUCAAGGCCUCCACAGCUAUGGUACGUCUCCGACUCUACGAGGUGCUCUCUCUUCUUCCUCCCCAGUCUUUUGAAAGCCACUACACAAGCAUCUUGAAGUUGUUGGUGAGUGAGUUCACCCUGGCAGAGAGUGGUGCAAACACCACCACCUCCCUCCUGCGCACUAUGUGUCACGCAGAUGACUCCGUUAUACUUGGUACCUGGCUACACCACACACAUCAUAAAACCAUUGAAGAUCAGCUACAACCAAACAGUGCAAGUGGUUCAGGAGCUCUUGAGCAUGAUCCCACAUACCUGUACCGGCCACUGGCUGAAGGGGAGACCAUUGCUGGCCCGUUGCCUCUUGGAGUUACUGUCAUUGAUGCUUCAGUGGUGCUCUUUGGUCAGAUGUUCCCUCUGGUGGCAAAUAAACAUCGAUUAAAGAUGUUAAACUUAUUUGGCGAUAUGAUUCGAGCAGCCAAGAGUCAACGCCAGGAAGCUGUCCAGAUGAAUAUCUUUACUGCUGUACUGAGUGCACUGAAAGUACUGAGUGACAAUAAGGCAUCCUUCGGUCAAGAUGAUGUAAAAAAAGCUGCAACAGCUCUCCUAUUGGGAGGUUUAACACACCCCAAUUCAACACUGAGGUGUGCAUCAGGUGAAGCAAUUGGUCGCAUGGCCCAGGUUGUGGGAGACCCACGAUUUGUGGCAGAGAUGGCUCAGAACAGCUUUGAUAAACUGAAGAGUGCGCGUGAUGCAGUGAGCCGCACUGGUCACUCCUUAGCACUUGGUUGUUUGCAUCGCUAUGUGGGAGGUAUGGGCUCUGGCCAGCACCUCAGUACCUCCAUCAGUAUUCUUUUGGCAUUGGCCAAGGACACUACCUCACCUGUAGUACAGGUUUGGGCUCUUCACGCAUUAUCUCUUAUUGCUGAUUCUGGGGGCCCAAUGUUCCGCUCUUAUGUUGAGCCAUCGUUAGCCUUGCUCCUAGAACUUCUGCUGUCUGUUCCCCCCCACACAGCAGAGGUCCAUCAGUGUAUAGGAAAGUGUCUUCAAGCACUCAUCACUACUGUUGGUCCUGAGUUACAAGGGACGAACAGCAGCGUAGUGAUGGUGAGGUGGUCUCUUCUGUGUGGAUGUGGGCUAGUACAGGAACAUCCUGACCCAUUAGUGCAAGCUGAGGCUAUUGCAUGUCUGCAGCAAAUGCAUAUGUUUGCACCUAGACAUGUCAACCUCUCUUCCCUCGUCCCUAUGCUUGUGAGAAAGCUUAGCUGUGAUCAUCUACUACUUCGCCGUGCUGCUGUUUCAUGUCUCAGACAGCUGUCACAGCGUGAAGCCUGGGAAGUGUGUGAGCACGCCUUGAGCCUUUCACAAGGCAGUGAAGAACAGGAGCAGGGGUUGGCUAUGACAGAGACAGGACUCCCAGGCUUAUUGUUUGGUCUUCUAGACACAGAAACAGAUUGUGUUUUAGUUCGACAUGUGCAUCACACUCUAACAUCUAUGUUACAAGCUCUCGCCACCUCUCACCUCAAUCUGUGGCUCACUUUAUGUCGUGAAGUUCUGACAAGUGCAUCAGAAAGUGGCACCAGUGAGAACACAGGCGAGACUGGUGAAGAAGGUGCUGAUGAUGACAUGGUUCAGAUUCACACAGGAGGGGAACCUGACCCUCACCCUAGUAUACCUCCCCGCUGGACUACCCGUGUGUUUGCUGCUCAGUGCAUUGCCAGGAUUAUUCAGGAGUGCGAAAAUAAUCGUGCACACUUUGAUUUGGCUCUUGCUAGGGAAAUUCAGACAACAAAAAUGAAAGGAGACUACUUGGUGCUACACUUGAGUGAGGUGGUGCGUAUGGGCUUUAUGGGAGCAACGAGCGAUAGUGAUGAAUUGCGACUGGAGGGUCUCCAUAUCUUGCAUCUGGUCAUAGACAAAUUUUCCCAUGUUCCCGAACCAGAAUUUCUUGGCCAUGUGAUACUUGAACAAUAUCAGGCUCAGGUUGGUGCUGCACUACGGCCAGCAUUUGCUCCAGACACAGCUUCCCACGUGACUGCCCGGGCAUGUGAGGUCUGCAGUGCAUGGAUUUGUUCAGGUGUUGCUCGAGAUCUGAAUGACCUUCGGCGUGUUCACCAGUUACUAGUGUCAUCCCUGGCUAAGCUGAACAAAGGCAAUACCAAGGGACUGUAUAAUGAAAGUGCUGCUACUCUUGAGAAGCUUGCCAUAUUGAAAGCUUGGGCAGAGGUGUAUGCCGUUGCUCUAAAAGGUGCUAGUGGAGAUGAUCGACUAGGUAAUGAAGUGGAGGAUGACAGACCUGAGGCUGAAACAGCCACACAACCAUCCGAGGAGAGUUUGUUAAGUUUAGUGCAGCCAGAGUUGAUGGCACUGUCCAAGUCUUGGUUAGCAGCUCUUAAGGAUCAUGCUCUACUUUCCUUGCCACCAGAAUUUUCUAGUCAGCUUCCUCAUGAUGGAGGAGCCUUCUAUUCAAAUGAGAGUGUGGAGGGAGUGCGCCCCUACUACCGGAGUGCCUGGCCUCCCAUGCUGUAUGCUGCUGCACUUUGGCUCAGUUCAGGAGGUUUUGAUAAAGCUGGAGAGGAUGCUAAUGAGAAAGCAGAAGCCAACCCCACAGCAGUGGCUGUGACACACAACACCACCACCACCACCACUACUGCAGCAGUAAUAAAGACUCCUGAAGUUUUAAAUACUGACCGCUUCUAUCUACUAUUAGGAAUAUGUUUAGAGUGGCUCUGUAGUCCAGUGCACAGUGAUGACCCAGAGCGUAGUGUUGUGUGUCUACGAUCUCUUGAAACAUUGUUGUCCUCCCCUUGGCCAGCAAAAAUAGUUGGUCCCAAUGCUAGCCUCACUACAGAAAUUGCAACAGUAAUGCAUAGACAAGUGCUAAGCUCAGACCACACAGAUGUUCAUCAGUCAGCAGUAACAGUAGUCUCACUGGUGGUAAAGGCUGCACAACAAGCUCUGGAUGAGGAGAAAAGAAAAAAGAAAACGCACAAAGAGGAGAAGCCAGCCAACCAGGAGUGUGAAGGCUGUGAGGCAGACCUUCUGGGUGAGGGCAAGGAGUCUGGAGAAAUCAACACAGCACAAUCUUUGGUGUUUGCUGCUCUUCAGGUGUGUCUGUGUACAUUAGUUCGCCACAAGCCACGUCUGGCUCCUCAGGUGGUGGCCUCAGCACCUUCACUGCUGGCACCUCCUCGACAUCAUGCCAAGACUUACCAGCUUGAAGCUCUUCUCUCUUCCACUGUAACUUUACUAACUGCACUACCUAAUCUGUGCUCCCCAGCUGGUGGAGUAGCCAUCUUACCAACUGUAUUAUAUCUGCUCACGGGUGUAUUGCGUGAGUGUGGGAGCAAGUCUCGCCCCAGUCAUGGCCUUCAAAACACCCCUGCACUCAUGACCAAAGUCUUAGAUGCUCUGGCUACGUUGGCUCGACAUCCUUAUGCUCGUGAUCCCAGGUCUAAGGACCAGUGGUGCAAUCUACUGCAAUCAGCUCUUGCCAACAUUAUUGAUCUUAGUAAAACUUGUGAAGAAGAACGUGUGACAGAUGAGGUCGUUGUCCUGAGAGGUAUUGCCCAGCUGAUCCUCCAUGCACCACCAUCUGUCAGUCGGCCCCACAACCUACAGUAUCCUGCAAUUAACUUAUUCAAAAUGGCCACACAGCAUCAGCAGCUCGAUGUACGUAUCCAGUGUAUACAGACUCUGGAAUCGAUCUUCAGCCACACCGAUAGUGAAAUAUCAACUCCAUAUAUUCAUGCCCUGGCACCACGCAUCCUAGAAUACCUUCAUGAAGCUCACACAAGUCUGUCAAGUCAAGCAGAGCUGCAGCUUAUCACAGAGAGUCUGAGUGCAAUGGAGCUUUUGAUACCAAGAACAUUACCAGAACACAGGAAUGAGCUGGUGGGAGUGUUGGUUGGCAUAAUGGUUGGAGCUUUACAAGACACUAAUCGACUGAGUAGUGUGAAUCACCCAACUCGGCAGCUUCAUCAGUACGCAUUAGCAAGACUUCAGAAAAUUGGACCACAAUAUCCACAAGAGUUCCGUGCUGUUUUAACAAGCAAGCCAGAGUUACGUUUGAGACUAGAAAGUGCACUGAGAGGCCAACAAGAAGCCAGAAGCAAAGCCGACAGUUCAUUGAUGCAGGACUCAAUGCAACACCAACCAACCAUUAAGUUAAAGACAGACUUUUCUAAUUUUGCUUCAAAGACUUAGAACCAAUAUCAUAAGGUGCAUGUGAAAAGGCUGAAAUAUCUACCAGUUUGUUUAUCCAUUAUCUAAUUGUUCAAUUCCAAUUAUGGUAUCUAUCAGUCAUUGUAGUAUUGGAAAUGAUUUUAUGUGUAUCAUGUACUCUUAAUUUUCAUCAAAAAUUGAGGCAUUGUAGCCAGAUGGUAAGGAUGAGUAGUGUGAGGGAGUGUGUGUGUGUAUGUGUAUAUGAUGUCAAAAUGUAGAUAUCCCAAGACUAUGGUUUUGAAGAAGUUGUACAAUUGGGAAAAGUGUAUAGAAUAUAGUUAGAAAAAUAUAUUAAAAACAAAUCAUACUAGUUCUUCCAUUGCUCUACAUACUAUUGAGCAAAGAUCUGUAGUUGUUAGACCUAAAUUCUUUACACUUUUAUCACAACACUUUGCCUUAAAGGAGACAUAGGUAAGUGUACAAGAACUUAGCUCUCAUUGUCCUCAUCUUCCACUGAGAGAAACAUUAGUUGGUCGUGGGCCUCAAUAUGGGCUAAUGUAACACCUUAAUAAAACAUGUCUCCAAAGUUUGCAAAGAAGCUUAUGAUAAGUUAGCUUAAGUUGAAAACCUCACAUUGCUGACUCAUUAACCCUUUAGGGGUGAUUGCUUGAACAUUUCGGGUGACCAGCCAGAUGAGAUUUUUUAGAUUUUCAAAAGAAACUAUAUACUAUCCUUACGCAAGAGUAUUUACAAUUGACUGUGGUAUUAAGCUUGAUUUUUAGCAGUUCCCCAUUGAUUUAUUAUAGAAAAUCAAUGAAGAUGUGAGAGAAUAUGAAUGAUGAUUGAUAAUUACUCACUUACAGUAUACAGUAUACGUACUUGUUUUAAUAUUAAAUUGUGCACCUCAGGCAAAUUCGCAUGCUUGGUAGGCUUGCUAGGGACCCAUCUAUGUGCAUGUAAUCAUUCAAAAGUGGAUGGAAAAGCUUAUUACAUAACAGUUGGGGGGGAAUCAUCCUUAAAGGGUUAACAAAUACCUUAUCAGUAUACUUGUCAGGUAAUGUUCUUCUGGAACAGGUUGGGAUAUAGAGCAGGUAAUAAAUGAUAAAAACAUAUUUACUAUAUAUCUGUAAAUACUAAAAUCUAGUCUUGGUGAAGGUAAUUUUUAAGUAGUUUGUGUGUGAAAGGAAUGUGAGGAUGAAUGAAAAACUGAAAAUGUACAUUGACUGUGGUGCUUUGAAAUUAUACAUGUUACCAUAC